UGCUGAUACAACUUGUGGUUUGUGUAUUUUUAAGCUUUAUUGGAGUGAAAACGAAGCCAAACAUGCAGCCUAAUAUGUUAUCUACUUGGAACACAUGUGUAACACCCCUAGUCUUUACACACACACAUACAUGCACACACACACACACACACACACACACACAUACACACACACACACACACACACACACACACAUACACACACACACACUUGAGCCAGAGAAACCAUGUCAGAGAUAAUUGCAGACCACUGUUUGUUAUGAAGAAACUACAGGCGCUGAAUUUAUUGCCAAUUUUGGCUCUGGCAAAUGUGUUCGUCAAGAUAAGUGGAUCAGUCUCUCUUCGCCCAGUGCUUACUGGUCCUGACAAGGCCUACCUCGGCUCAGGGGUGGUUUUCCGGUGUAUUGCGCCUGACUCCUCUCUGCCAGUCACCUAUGAGCUGAUGAAGGAUGGUGGGCUGCGGAUAGCCACAGGCACCGAUCUCCAAGGGGACCAACCUGCAGCAUUCUUCCAAAAGGUCACUAUGACAUCAGAGGGGUCAUACCACUGCGAGGCAAAGACAGGGGAAGGCACAGGAAUUAGCAACAAGAUCAGGCUAAGUGUAGUCAUUCCAGCAUCAAUGACCAGAGUGAACUCUGAGCCCUUCCCCCCAGUCGCAUUCGAGGGCUCACGCAUUGUUCUGAGCUGUGAUGUCACAAAGGGCUCCCACCUUUCCUACACGUGGUUUUUCAACAGGAAGGAAAUAACGCCUUCAACCUCUUCUUUACUGCACGCCACUGGGAACAAGCUAGUGAUGGAGAAGGUGACUCCAGGGCAUGCUGGGUACUAUUACUGCAUGGCUUGGUCCAGCGUGCAGAACAUCAGGAGGUUUUCCAGCAGCACAGAGGUCAAGGUGGAGGUCAAAGUCCAUGUUUCAACACCAAGGAUCUCCUUCUCCAUCUCCAAAGUGGGAGACAGUUACCAUGGGAAUGUAACUUGCUGGUCAUCAAGAGGGACUCCUCCAGUAAACUUCUCUCUGUCAGUAGACAACAAGGAAGUGGGAGCUGUCAUAGCGGCUGAAUCCCUUGCUGCCUGGUUCCCUGUUGCCGUGGUACCCGGUCUGGACAUGGGCAUGGCCCGAUGUCGGGUGAAAACUGAGAUGCAGGAGUUGUUAAGUGAGCCUGUGACUCUGGAAGUGGUCCCAGUCGGGGGUGAUGUAAAAGUUGAAGUUGAACAUCUUUACAGAGCUGACUCAAAACUGGUUGGUGUCAGGCUGAGCUGCCAAAUCAGCAGAGGAACUUUUCCUUAUAUCUCCUGGCUCUUGAACGACUCUGUUCUUCCUCCUGAGACCCAUGUGGACUCCCAUAUUCAGCCCGUCUUGCCUCACUAUGCCCUUGUUGACCAUAGACGAACCCUCAUUCUGGCCAAGCUUGGCCCAGAGGAGUCUGGGUAUUACCGCUGCAGGGCCAGGGACAGCUAUGAUGACUAUGGUGCCUGGGUGGAGAGUACAGCCGUCCUGGUUCGACUAACAGACAGGAUCCUUAACUCCAUGCCACGAGCAACAUCUUCCACUGAAACACCACCAAAUGUUUUCAUAACUGCCAUAGAGGUCAUCGCCAUAGUGUUCUGCUGCUUCCUUCUUCUCACUUUGACUGUGGCCGUAGCCUGUGUGUACAAGAAGUUUGGCCAUGAGCAAGCUCGUGCCCACACUGUUACAACAAAUCCCAGUCUGGAUACAUUUCCUAUGUCUUCACCCACAUCCCAGUCAGGAGACAGGCAAGCCGAUACUUCCUCUGUCCAACUUUGCUCUUCUUCAACGUGAUGAACUACAAGAAGUGGUGCAGCAGUUACGUUCUGCAACAUGUGUUCUUGACCAAAUGCUUACUAAGUUUUUAGCUGUUUGGUAAAUGAUGUCCUUGAGAUUGUGAAUGCCUCCCUACUCUCUGGAAUCUUCCCCACAGGUCUUAAACAUAUUAUUAUAACACCAUUGUUGAAAAAGAGUUAUCUUGAUCCAUGUGUUUUUGAGAACUACCGACCAAUCCCAAACCUUCCAUUCCUGGGAAAAAUUCUUGAAAAGGUUGUAUACCAACAAUUACAUAUGUAUCAGUCAUCUAACAAUUUGUUUGAAGUCUGGUUUUAGAGUUAACCACAGUAAAGACACUGCCCUGGUCAGAGUUGUUAACAAUCUUAAGACAACCAUAAAGUUUCUAUUCUUGUACUUCUUGAUCGCAAUGCAACCUUCAUCACAGUCGACCAUAUAAUUCUUCUUCAGUGCCUAGAACACUGUUUAGGCCUUAGAGGCACAGUUCUUAAUUGGCUUUCUUCCCAUUUUAAUGGAGGAUCUUUUUCUGUUUCUAUUGGUAACUUUGAAUCACUUAAAGUCUGCGUUCCAUAUGGAGUCCCUCAAGGGUCAGUUCUUGGCCCACUGCUGUUUAAUUUGUAUAUGCUCCCACUUGGGUCCAUCAUUCGGCAAUACAAUAUUUCAUAUCACUCCUAUGCUGAUGAUACAGUUAUACAUAACUGUUUCUGCCUUACCUUACUCCAAUGAAUGGCCUCAUCCAAUGCAUUGCAAAUAUCAAAUAUUGGAUGGCCACACAUUUUUUACUGAUAAAUGAGGACAAAACAGAGAUUCUUUUAGUAGGUCCCAAGGCUUUGAGGCACCAGAUUCACUCUUUGUUAACUCCCCUGUUGGCAAAACCUUGUGAGCAUGUCAAAAACUUUGAGGAGUGAUUUUGGAUACUAAUCUUAAAUUCCAGAAGCACAUAUCUAAUAUCUCCAAGACUGCCUUUUAUCAUCCCAGAAAUACAUGUAAAGUUAGAUGUUUCUUGUCACAGUCAGACUCUGAAAAGCUGUUUCAUGCUUUUAUUUCUAAUAGACUAGAUUACUGUAAUGCAUUUUUUGCCGGAACGACAAAGCAGCUGUUAAAUAAACUCCAGCUUAUUCAGAAUGCUGCAGCCAGAGUAUUAACUAAAAUCAAAAGGUUUGAACACAUCACUCCUUUAACUUCUCUUCACAGGCUCCCAGUAAAACUAAGAAAUGAUUUAAAAAUACUUCUCAUUGUUUUUAAAUCUAUGAACAGCUUAGCUCCUUUCUACAUUGUUGACAUGCUCACUGAGUACACAUCGGAUUAAGGAAUCUUAAAUCAUCAAGCAAAAGUCUCGUCACUAUACCAAGAAUAAAUUCUAAAUUAAAUAUGGUGCCUUCAGUCAUUAUGGUCCUACUCUCUGGAAUUCUCUACCACAUGAACUAAUCUGCCACAACAGCGUCUUCUUUUAAAAGCAGACUAUAAACAUAUCUUUUUUCGCAAGCUUUUAGUUAGGUUUAAAGUAUGUAGUUAACGGCUAAAACUUUUAUUUUUGAAUCAGUAUUAUUAAUAUUAUUCCCUUUUAAAUAACAAUAAUAAUAAUACCUUCUUAUGUUAUUCCCUUUUUAUUGUAAUACCUUCUUAUUUUAUAUGUUUUUAUAUAUGUAAUACCUUCUUAUGUUACAUUCUUAUACCUCCUAUGUUCUUAUCUGAUAUGUUUUUUUCCAUGUAUGAUUGCAUUUGCCUAUGUUUUUUGCUUUUUAUCUUGAAGCACAUUGAGUCUACACCUGUCGCAUGAGCUAUAUAAAUAAACUUGACUUGACUCUG